GUCUUUAUAUGACUGUCACUUGAUAUAUUUAUUUUAACCAUAGCAAUAACCGACUUUACUAAAAAUAUUAGUUUUACAAACAAAAACCUCGAAAAUCUCGAUGAAUACCUUCAUACGUUGGGUGGCUACGUUGUCCGGUAGCAUUGUGGUGACUGCCCAAACAUUUGGACUCCUCAAGACGGUGAACGAGAUGGAAGCCGCAAAACACAUGGCCCCUGUGGGUAUAGAGUCAGCAAUAAUUAGCAGCCAACUGGAACCACCGGCUAAUAUGGGCUCGGAGAAAAUCAGUGCAGCCUUGCAGUAUAUCCUGAGCAGCAAGGAGAGUGAACUGGAUCGUUGCCCUGUGUAUAUUGAAGCCAGAAAUAAUAAUACCAUGAACGAUUGUGUUUUGGGUUCCGAGUCAUUAAAUCGUAUGCUAGAAGAUAUUACAUCGCCAUUGGCUAGUGAAAACAGUUUUAUAGAACCCGUCAUAAGAGUAUAAACACAAAAACGCUUUCUAGUUUGGCUACAAAUGUUAUCUGAAAUCACUUUGUAUAUGCAUUAAAUUGAAAAACACGUGAGAAGCAGCA